AUGCCUAGCCACUUUGCCAGCUUAAAAGAGCAAAACACUGAUGGCGUCGGAAACGUGGCAGCAUCGUGUGCUGCCGACAGAUAUCAGUGUACGUGCUUUUUCGACCGUUUCCAUACGGUCCAAAUCGGGACCCACUUUCCGAUAAGAGUUAGCUCUUUAUUUUUAGGGGGGCCGCUGCUGCCCUGCGAGUCAGUGUUGUUUUCGCGUAUUGGCUUGUCCUAUUGGAGAGCUUGUGAUUGGGUGGCACGUGGUACAGGGGAAGACUCGUGGGCCGCUGCCGCGAGUCACUGUUGUUUUCGCGUAUAG